UUCCUCACUUGCUCCUCUUCUCCAUCUUCUUCAUCCGACACGGACUCUUCAGCCUCCUCUUCUCGGCAAGAGGCAUCUCAUACCGGCACACAUCAGCACGGCUGGCCAGUUCGUUCCACGCGGACACGCUUCCUCCGAGGUGUAGAAGUUUCUGGUUCGGAGAUGGCCGCCAGCGGGACCAUUCUGCCGUCUUUCUCCACUUUCUCCAUCCAGAAGGAGAAAAGCUUGGAGGAUGUCUGGAGGAACAUGAGCUGCGGGGCCAGAAAAGACGACGAAGACCUGGACAAGUUCUUAGACUUGGACUUUAUCUUGGCCUACAGCGCCAUGAGUGCAGACGGGGCUACAACAGAUUCCUACCGGACUCAGGACUGCGGGGUGUCCGGGUACCAGCAGCAGCAGGACUACACGUCAAUCCCGGACUUGGGUGCCCCCCCUCCUCCGCCGUACAGCAGCCUGAUGGCCGAGCUGCUCCGCUCCGAUGUGGACGGCAGUAGUUUCGGCUCCAGCAUCCAGGGAAGAUUUCUGAUCAGCUCGUCCCAGCAGGACGUAUUCUCUGCAGAGCCCCUUUGCGUCAAGUUGGAGCCCUCCGCGGACUCUUACGGACCUGUACUGGGUCUGGUCCCGCAGAACUGCAGCAAGAUGAAGCAGGAGGGCAGUGUGGCGUGCAUGAGAGCCUUCGACCACCAGCCUCGCUUGGCCAGCUCCCCCCAGGGCAGCAUGACGCCCCCCCUCAGCCCCGACGACCUCAUCACCUCUGAGGGACAGCAUCCACGCGCGUGCACGCUCACCUUCCCGCAGGGCUUCAACCAGAAUCAUCACCAUCAUCAUCAUCAUCCUCAGCAGCAUCCAGGAGGCUUCCAGCUUCAGUUCUCUCAGGGGUGCGCGCACACCCAAACCCACCAUCACUUUCCCACCAUGUUCGCAGAGGACGUGCACGCGCAGCAGCAGCAGCAGACAUCCGGUCAGCGCGUGCUGCUCACGCCGCCGUCGUCCCCGCUAGACAUGAUGGACAGCAAGCCCAGGAGAGGACGGCGCUCCUGGCCCCGGAAACGCACGGCCACGCAUACGUGCACGUUCACGGGAUGUGGGAAGACGUACACUAAGAGCUCGCACCUCAAGGCGCACCUGAGGACUCACACAGGUGAGAAGCCCUACCACUGCACGUGGGAAGGAUGCGGAUGGAAGUUCGCGCGCUCCGACGAGCUGACGCGUCACUUCCGGAAGCACACCGGACAUCGACCCUUCCAGUGUCACCUGUGCGAGCGCGCCUUCUCCAGGUCGGACCACCUAGCCCUGCACAUGAAGAGACACAUGUGAGGGGAGGGGAGGACAUGCUGUUAUCCCUUUUGGACACCAGGUGGCCCUCCAGCGUGUUGCCAUGAUGAAUGAAUGAAUGCAAAAGAUGCCAAUUCAGCAAGAACGUUAAUUCAAGUAGCUGGUUCUACUCCGCUGUUAUGUCAGGAACAUGACACUACCCUCACUCACCUCUGACUCUACCUUGAAGACAUGUCAAUGAAGUUUUGAGACAACGUUUUCUUGUAAAACCGCUUCCCAUUGGUCGUCCUCCGCCUGACAACCACGACAGUUUGUAAAUGCAAACCUUUUAUAGAAUGUAAAUAGAUUAUUUUAUUGUAUACAAUAAACUAAGACA